AUGAAUAGGGCAAUUCUGAGUCAGCAUAAAAUUACUUUACAUUCAUCACGCCAUACCCUCACCAAAAUAUCAAGAAGUUAUCAGUUUGGUAAAAACUCCGGAAGCAGUGGUUUCAGCCAGCCACCAGGUUAUAUUCCGCCACAUAUCUGGAUGAAAUUGAGACCGGAAAGGGAAGAUUUGAAAACAUCCAUAUUCGGUGUUAAAAAAAACCCCACUGUGGAUGAAAAAAGUUACCUAUCAUAUGCCUCUCAUGCCUCCCUAUCUGGUUUUCCUGUGACAGAGAACUUUUCUUAUGAAAUUGUUAAUAAUAUCAAUGAAAUUCCGAAAGUCGAUCAAAAACUAUUGAACAAUCUUCAAGCUAUGGGUUUGUUUGAGCUGACACCCGUUCAAAAACAUGCUAUUGGGAUUAUGUCAGUUGAUGAAUAUGAGAAGGUUGAUGUUAAAAUAGAUGAGUUCAAUCAAAGUUCAGAUGAUAACCCUCUUUAUGAACGUGUCACUGGUAAAUUCGAUUUAAUGGCAGCUGCACAAACCGGUUCGGGUAAAACACUAGCUUAUCUUAUUCCAAUUUUCAAUCGUUUGCUGAGAGUUUAUCCAUUUGAAGCGAUGCAAUCUUUGCUCAUGUCUCGUACACGACGUCAGUAUCCCUCAUCUGUAAUUUUGGUACCAACUCGUGAGUUAGUCCAACAAAUACAUUUAGAACUACGUAAAUUAUGUAACCAAACCUUCGUUCGAUCAGUAGGUGUAUUUGGUGGUGAACGACCGGAACGACAGAUGUUUGAAUUAAAUAAGGGAUGUCAUUUUGUAGUUGCAACUCCUGGAAGACUUUUGGAUUUCUUGAAGCGUGACUGUAUAUCCUUAAAAUUCUGCAGAUCUUUGAUACUGGACGAGGCAGACCGAAUGCUAGAUAUGGGUUUUGAAGAGCAAAUACGUCAAAUUUUAGAGUCACCGAGAUUUCAAAUGCCUCCACCAACAGGAAAUUGUCGUCAAACUGCAUUAUUCAGUGCGACAUAUCCACGUGAGGUUACUCUUUUAGCCAAAGAUUUUCUACGCGGUUCAAACUGUAUUUCUCUUACACUCAGCAAUGCUGAAUCUAAUACUGGCACUAUAGUCCCUACAUGGGGAAAAGCAGUUCGUAAUAAAAAAGAAGAUGAAUUUGAACGACUUACACGAAUAAUUCCCAAAGAAAUCAAUCAACAGUUCCAAAUGGUUGUCGGUAAUCCUGAAUCCGCUGUACCUAAUCAUCUUUUACAGUUAAUUCUAGAAAUGAAAUCUAAAAGUUUGGAUACAUGUGGGGAAAGUGUUUGUCGAGUUCUUGUAUUCUGUAAUACCAAAAGGGAAGUUGAUCAGAUUGAUAAUUAUCUUUAUUCUAACGGCGUGAGAUCUACCUCUAUUCAUGGUGAUAAAACUCAGUCUUCUCGUGCAAAAUCCUUAGAUCUAUUCCGUAAAGGAACAGCGAAUGUUCUUGUCGCUUCAUCGGUUGCUGCUCGAGGUAUUGAUAUACCCAAUGUUUUUGCAGUUAUUAAUAUUGGUCUCCCAACAGAAUUAGAUGAUUAUGUUCAUCGAAUUGGACGAACUGGUCGUAUGGGUAAAUCUGGUGAGGCUAUAACACUUAUUAAUGAAACCUUGUUACAACAACAACAAUCAAGCAGAACAGUAUCACGUGGAAUAUGCCAACUUUUCGAAUCUGUCGGUAAUUUAGAUAAAGUCCCAAAAUUAUUGUUGGAAUAUGCGAAUAUGGAAAUUCAAGAAGAGGAAGAACAAAAAUACAAUAUUCGUUCAAAAAAUAAAAACAUUUAUUCGAAAUCUAAACCGCGUUCAUUCACAAAAGGUUAUAAAAACUAUUCACGUGAUGAUAGUUUGAUGCGAUAUUUGUAA